AUGUGGAAAUUUAAGUAAGAUUUAAUAGUAAACAUUUAUGGUAGUCUUAAAGAUUGGGAAGAUUUAUCAAUCGCUUAUCUAAAGGUAAGCGAAAUGUAAUUGCUCCAUAAUUCAGUUUAUGUUAAUAAGCUUAUAAGUUAGAUUCAUUUAUAAAAGAUUUCCAACGAUUUGAUUGUAUAAUAAGGACUCUAUUAUAAAUUUUAUAAACCUAAUGAUACUAGGCUAUACAAGAAUUGUUCAUACCAUAAUUUAAAUCAUGGCUUAUGUCCUUAAUAUAUUUAUGAUGCUUUUUCAGAUAAUGAAUAUUCUUUCAAAGUAGAAUUAUUUUUUCAUAGAACUAAUUUUACAUAUGAUAGUUUUCAAGCUGCAAAUUAAAUUGUAUUAAGAUAAAAUUGGGAUUUUUUAUUCUUUGCUAAAUCUGCAAUUUACUCAAGAAGAAAUGAUUUUAUCAACAUUACAUUAGUUUAUAAUUCUUUUAAUGAUAGCUUCAUGGCAGUAACUCCUGGAAAAAAUACAAAUUUUUCUUCAAAUUAAUAUCUUGAUUGUAUGGGACAUAAUUAUACAGAACCUUAUGAUCCAAGAUGCCGUCCAUGGUAUUAAAAUUCUUUGCUACAUCCAGGAAAUCAGUUUAAUAAACCAUACAAAGACUUGUUCUCUCAUGCAACAAUAAUGACAGCUUCAGCUCGUAUAGAUGACCCUAAUGGAAAUAAUAUAAGCAUUAUCUCUAUAGAUUUUAAUAUAUAGAAUCUCAUAGAUAAUUUGUUUACCUAAAAAGAAAAAGAUGAAAUUGAUAAUAAUUUUGAUACUCACUCUGUACUUUUUCAUGAAGACAAAAAUACUGUUUAUUAUCACAGAUACUGGAAUUUUAAGGAAAGGACAAUAGUUCCAUGGUAAGAUUUAGAAUUCAAUAAGACUGAUAGUAAUUUUACUGAUGAUGAAUAUUAUAAUUUUGUGAGAUUAAUUUAAGAUUCUAAGGACUAUUCCCUUACAGGCCAAUAUGAUAUAAAAUAUAAGCAAAAUAUUACUCCUUUUUAUCAAUUUUGGAGUAAGAAUAAGAAACCAUAGUAAUUUUUUUGA